UUACUCAUAAGUAGCUUAACUGCUGUGUGAUUCAUCUUCCUCCUAAAACCCUAAACCCCAAAUUCAAGAACUCACAUAAUAAUCAAAAUGCACAUUUUCCUUUCGAUUUCCUCAAAAUUAUUACAGUCAAAAUCCACAUCCUUCAAGUCCCUCACAUGGAUUCCUACAGUUUUCUUACUAUCCCCAAAGCAAAUGUCACAGUCAACUUCCAUACCCAGAAACCAGCAGCGUAUUCGCGACCACGGCUACGAUGAUUACAUGGAAGUGGAGAAGAAAAUCCGUAAAGUAAUGAAAUUCCAAGAACUGCUUCUUACUCAACCAAAUUCAAUGAUCGCCAUUUCUCGCCUUGAUAUGCUUGCUCGCCGUUUUGGGUUCAAACAAUAUGAAGCAGGGAAGUUUAUUCUCAAAUUCCCUCAUGUUUUCGAUGUAUUCGAACACCCAGUUCAGAGAAUAUUAUAUUGCAGGCUUACUCGUAAAUCACUGCUUCAAAUUGAGCAAGAAAAUCUAGCCCUUUUAGCUCAAUUGCCUCAAGCUGUAACCCGUUUACGAAAACUUCUGUUGCUUUCGAAUACGGGGAGAUUAAGGUUAGAACAUGUUAGGAUUGCAAGGAAAGAUUUUGGUUUACCUGAUGAUUUUGAGUUUUCUGUGGUUUUGAAGUAUCCCAAGUAUUUUAGAUUGUUUGAUGCUAAAGAGACUAGGAAUAAGUAUAUUGAGGUUGUUGAAAGAGACCCGCGAUUAACUGUUUGUGCUGUGGAGAAUGUUAGGGAGAGAGAGUAUAGAGAAAAGGGUGGCGAAGAAGAGAAUGUGCGGUUUUCGUUUAGAGUGAAUUUCCCCCCAGGUUUCAAGAUUGGGAAGUAUUAUAAGAUUGCUGUUUGGAAGUGGCAAAGGUUGCCUUAUUGGUUGCCGUAUGAGGAUAUCUCUGGUUAUGAUUUAAGGUCACUCGAGGCACAGAAGAGAAUGGAAAAGAGAGCAGUUGCGACUAUUCAUGAAUUGUUGUCGUUGACAGCUGAAAAGAAGAUUACUUUGGAGAGAAUUGCGCAUUUUAGGUUGGCUAUGGAUUUGCCAAAGAAGCUGAAAGACUUUCUUCUUCAGCAUCAGGGGAUAUUUUAUAUUUCGACGAGGGGAAAUCAAGGGAAAUUGCAUACGGUGUUUCUCAGGGAGGCUUAUAGGAAGGGAGAGUUGAUUGAGCCUAAUGAGUUAUAUUUAGCUAGGAGAAGGCUGGCUGAAUUGGUUUUGCUGAGUCCAAGGAAAGUCAUUGUGGAUAGAAGAUUGAUUAAUUAUGGAAAACAGGGAGGCGAGGAUGAAAUAGCUGACUACGUUGAGAAUGGAGGAGAUCAUUCAGCCGCCCGAGAGACGGUUAGAGAAGAUUUGGGAGAAGAAAGCCUGGACUCUGAUGAUGAUUGCAGUAUUGACUCUGAUGGUGAUUGCAGUAUUGACACUGAUGGUGAUUGCAGUAUUGACACCGAGUACACACACAAGGAAGCCAAUAAUGAUGAUGUUACUGAUGAUGCAGAGGACACUCGUGUCACUGAUGUAUAGGCAUAAGGCCUUUGGCCUUUGCUGCUGAAUUAUUUGCUUAGCCUCUUAGACUCUUAGUUGCUGGCCUGCUGUGUAGGCUGCUGAUACAUGUUUGCGUCGAUCAUGCAAAAUUGCAAGCCAUGUGAUAGAAAAACAGCUGCUGCCUUGGUGCAUAUGAUAUUAGGCCCAUACCAAAGAACCGAACCGAAUUACAAAAGAUGGAACCAAACCGAGGUAAUUUCAGCUCGGUAUUUGGUAUGCACCUGUGAAGAACUGAAAACCGAAGAACCGAAUGCUCAGCCAUAUCGGGAGUUCUUUGAUUGCCAAAUGAUUUGGGGGAUCUGUGUGUAAAACUUGACUGUUUCAUUUGUUUUACAAGACAGCACCGAUGUAAGCUUUUACCCCUGGCUACUUGAGAGCUGGUCAAGUUCUUCUUCCUCUUAGAUGCAAUCUGGAAGAGUUGAGGAAUGGUCGAUAGUGUAUCAGGUGAAAAGAUGUAGUUGCAAGUGGUGAAGAAAAUGGAUAUUGUAGAUGAUACCGUUGAUGCUCAGCAAGGAGAAAAAUUGGAAGAUGCUAUGCGUCAUGCCUGGAAUUUGUAUGAAAAAUAUGCACGGAGCCACGAUGAACUUCAGGCUGGGUUGUUGCUUAAGUUCUCUUUGUAAAAACAUUACCUUUGUCCCAUUGUAGUUAGUUAAUUAACAGUCAUAUCUUUGGUGGAGGCAUCUUAGUAGGGCUCUUAGAUGCCUUACUUGUUGAUUGGUGUUCUUCUAUUUUCUUUCUCUAUUAUUUAAGGUUUCGAGUGAUUGUAAACAUUUUAAGAUUUAAGUGAUUGUAAACAGAUUGGAUCAA